AUGAGAGUAGGCUGACUAGCAACUUGUAGAGGAAGUUCGCUAGGCCGUACUGUUCAUUGGAAUUACGACCAAGUCCGUGACAAUUGGUAUCAGAGCACAAGGUUUGAAGGAAGAUGGAAGGUGGAAGUGAGACUACCCACGUGACCAAGGGAGGCGAGAAGAAGACCAAGACCCAGAGAUCUCGCUCAAGGGCGACCAUGGACGGUUUCGAGACAAGGCUAGCAAGGGUGGAACUUGCUAUCGCCAAUGGGGAGGAGAAGUUCAAGGAGGCCAUGGAAGAGUCUCAUAAGGUCGAGGUUUCUUCAAUACGAGAAGAGCUCGAGAGAGUCUCGCGCAAGUUAGAGAGCGCCGAGGAGGAGCUCGUGCUGUGCAAGAAGGCUCUUGCACAAGGUAGUCCAUCAACGUCCGAGGUAAGGGCUUCACCUUCCAAGUUAGAUAUUCCACGAUCCAAAUCCUACAAAGGGUCAAGGAAUGCGAAGGAACUUGAUAACUUCAUAUGGAGCAUGGAGCAAUAUUUCCGAGCUCUUGCCAUUUCCGAAGAAAAACGGAAAGUUGAUAUGGCAAGUCUCUUUCUUGAGGACACUGCCAUGGUGUGGUGGAGAAGGAGACAAGGAGAUAUGGAGAAAGGGACGUGCACCAUAGACACUUGGGCCGAGUUCAGGAGUGAACUCAAGAAACAGUUCUACCCUAGUAAUGUAGAAGAAAAGGCCCAGGGAAAGUUAAGGCGACUUCAACAUAAAGGAAGCAUACGGGAAUACGUGAAGGAGUUCACCGAGGUACUUCUUGAAAUCCCAGACUACCCUGAUAAAGAAGCUUUCUUUGCCUUUAUGGAUGGGUUGCAGCAAUGGGCUAGACUUGAGCUUCAAAGACGUGGGGCUCAAGACUUAACCACUGCCAUUUCAAUUUCCGAAUCCCUUAUCGAGUUCAAGAAGCCUGAAAAAUCAAAGCCAAAGGAUAAGGGCGGCAAGGGAAAAAGUGGGGGAGACCACCACCGAGGCAAAGAAACAACCGAGAAGACGAGGGUAUCCAAGGAGUACAAGGAUGGUGAGAGACCUCCACUAAAGUGCUUCUUUUGUGAGGGUCCUCAUCGGGAAAAGGAGUGCCCAAAAAAGGCAAAACUCUCGGCAUUGAUUGAAGAAAGGGAGGAGCAAGAACGUGAAGAGGAGAGGGUAGGAUCCCUACAACUCCUCAACGCAAUCAAGGCAAAGGUAGAGAUGCCGAAGACCGGCAAGAAGGGCCGAUUGUUCGUAGAAGCAAAGAUUGGAAGAUACACCGCGAAAGCUCUUGUAGACACGGGUGUUUCCAACAACUUUCUAAGAGAAGAAGAGGCAAGAAAGCUGGACAAUGAUUCCCAAGGAGAACGUGGCUGGCUCAAGGAAGUCAAUUCAAAGCCGAUGGCUACCUUUGGAGUUGCUCGAGAUGUCAAGGUAAGCUUACGAUAUUUGCACGGCCCAAUAAACUUCUCCGUUGUAACCAUGGACGAUUAUCCAAUUGUUUUGGGUAUGGAGUUCAUGGACAAAGUCAAGGCCAUUCCGAUCCCCUUCGCAAACACCAUGUGUAUCCUGGAAGAAGGCAACACUCGUCUAGUACCACUAGAGCGAGAAGCCCGACUCCGAGAAAAGCAUAUUUUGGCGAUGCAACUUUCCAAGGGUGUAAAGAAGCAGCAACCCAGGUAUCUCGUUGCCUUGAAGGAAGAAGAAGUCGCUCCACCUACCGAAGUUCUCCCAAGGAGUGUCGAUCUCGUCCUAGAGGACUUCAAGGACGUGAUGCCGCCCGAGUUGCCCAAGAAGUUGCCACCAAAGAGGGAGGUGGAUUAUAAGAUAGAGUUGGUACUUGGCAAGGGAAACGUUGUGGCCGACGCACUAAGCAGGAAGGCCGAACUUGCCUCCAUCACUAGUCCAAGUUUCCCUUUGGUGGAUCGUGUCAAGGAGGGACUAGAGCAAGAUCCGCAAGCCAAGAAUCUGAAGGAGUUGGCGAGUCAGGGGAAGACACGCUGGUUUUGGCUUGAAGACGGGGUGCUCAUCACCAAAGGAAAUCGAGUAUAUAUUCCGAAGUGGCAAGGCUUAAAGAAGGAGAUCAUCAAGGAGUGCCAUGACUCGAGCAAGUAUGGGGUGUUCAUACCAGUCCAAACCAAGUUCACCGCCGAGGAUGCUGCUAGGCUGUUUUUCAAGUACGUGGUGAAGUAUUGGGGAAUCCCGAAGACUAUAACCGAUGGCCAGACCGAGAGGGUGAAUGCUCUACUUGAGUUAUACUUGAGGCACUAUGUAAGUGCCAACCAGAAGGAUUGGACCAAGUUCUUGGACAUCGCCCAAUUUUCAUACAACUUGCAGAAGAGUGAAUCAACUAGGGCAAGUCCGUUCGAGUUAGCCACGGGACAACAACCGUUAACUCCACACACUUUAGCGAUCGGCUACAAAGGACCAAGUCCUUCGGCUUUCAAAUUUGCUAAGGGUUGGCAUGAGCAAACCGACAUAGCAAGGGCUUACUUACCGAAAGCUGCGAAGAAGAUGAAGAGGUGGGCCGACGCUAGGAGAAGACACUUAGAGUUUGAGGAAGGUGACUUAGUGAUGGUGAAGCUCCUUCCUCAUCAAAGCCGACGGUUUGCCAAGGUACAUAAAGGGCUAGUAAGGCGCUAUGAGGGGCCUUUUCCUAUCGAGAGGUGUAUUGGUAAGCUAGCCUAUCGCUUGACUUUACCUUCACACUUGGAGAUGCAUCUCGUUUUUCAUGUGAGCCUGCUUAAACCAUUCAACGAGGAUAAGGAUGAUCCAAGUCGAGGUGAGUCAAAAAGAGCACCUACAGCUAUAACUAUGGUGCCAAGAUGAGAAGUUGAAGAGAUUCUUGCACACCGAGUUAUACCGAGACGGGGGAGCCACCCAAGUUAUACUGAGUACUUUGUCAGAUGGAAAGGAUCUCACGAUAGUGAGGCGAGUUGGGGAACAUGAGCUUGCUUUAUGGGAUUAUA